AUGGGAAUAACGCCGCCGGAUCGCCAGUCGGCAUCGUUUAUGGUCGGAACUACGACGGCGGCCUCCCGCGGGCUCGCCUUCCUUUCCCUCGCGCGGCCGCGCGCGCGCCACGCCGCCGGCCGCGGCUCGGCUGGGGCUGACCCGCCCCCGAAGCCGGCCCGGCCGGCCGGCCGGCGGCUCGGCCGCGCGGCACCACCGGACGUGCUAGAGGAGACGGCGACCCGACGAGGCGGGCGCGGCCCGGUCCCCGAGGCCCCUUCGGCCGGGGCGGCUCGCUCGGCAGCGGGCGGCGGCGCGGCGACCCGCUGCGCUCUCCGGCGCUACCUGCGGGCGGGGGGCGCUUCCCCCCGAGCCUUUUUCUUUCCUCCCUUUUCUCUCUCGCCUCUCUCUGGCUCGCCGUCGCGGCUCCGGCCGCACCGCCGCCCGGCGCUGCUCGCGGCCGGCACCCACGGGCGCCACCCGGACCCAGGCCGGCACCGGCACCUCGCCUGUUUUUACCCAAGGACACCUGAAAAGCUCGCGGGGCCGCGCGGCCGUCACACAGCUCGGUACGGUGAAGAAGCCCCUCCCCGGCGGGAGGGGCGACACCUCGCCUGCCACGGGAAGCCCACGGGCAGAGGAGACCGCCCGGCCCGAACACCGGCCUCCGCCGCGCCUCUCGGCCGGCCACGGAGGAGCGCCGGCCCGCCGGGGGCCCUCUCCCACGCCUCCCGAAAAGCCUCAUCCAUCGUCACUCGGGGAACGGCCCCACGGCCACUCUCGCUCAGCCUGCCACUACGCGGAGGACGGCACGUGCCCCAGGCCGCCGACGCCGGCGGCCCGCACGCUACUCUCCACGGCUCUCUCCCGGCCCGGCAGGAGGCGGGUGCCGCCGGACGCCCGGCUCCGGACAACCCACGCUUCCGGCCCCGCCGGGCCCACGGCCGCCCCCCGCAGAGCGGCACCUCCAGCGUGCGAAAGCGCCACCGAACGUGCCGCGGGGCCACCGGCUUUCGCCCGCCUCGCGGCCGUCGGCUUCCCCCAGAAAGGCCGGGGGACGGCGACGGGGAGAAAAACAAAAAGCCCCCGAGAAAAAAGCACGCGCGCCUCUCGCUCGCCGUGCUAGCCACGGCCGCCCGGGGCUCGGGGCGGGGCCCGCGCCCCUCGCUCCCCGAUUCCCUCUCGCUGCCCACGGGCUCGCGCCUCGGCGGCGGCCGGCCGCUGCCGGGCCGCUCUCGCGCUCUCACGCACUUUCUCUUCCCUGGCGCGCUCGGCGUGCUGCGGCUUAAGGCCGCCGGAGCAAAAAUCAAAAAAACGGAAAAAAAAGGCCGGGAGGGCGCCCCACUUCGCCCGCAACCCGGCCCCCGGCCGACAGACCUUCGCGGAACCCAGCCCUCCGGCAGCCAGGCCGGCGGGGCAGGCCCGACCGCACGGGCCGCCCGGCCGCCGUGGCUCUCGCGCCGGCCUAAGAGGAGGGAGGGGCGAGGCGCCGCCGCCUCGCCCGCCAACGGCCAUCGUGCGUCCCCAGGGCUCCCCGGCGACUCUGUCGGGUUCUCGGUCUGCCGGCGCGGCCGCCGGCCACAGCCUGGCCGGCCGGCGCCGCCGCCUUCGGCCCGCUGGGCGGGUCCCCGGCUUAGGGCCGAGGAAGGGGGAACGAACAAAAGAGCCGAGGCGCGCCGAGGGCGCCGCCUCGCCCGACCAUCGGGCGGUCCCGUCACCGAGCCCCUCCGGCAACCGGCCGGGCCCAGGCGAGGCCGCACGCCCACCGCCAGUCCCCGGCACGCCGCCGGCACCGCUGCCGCCCGGCAGCCGAGGACAGGGCGCCGCCACCCAGGCCCGGGCCAUCUUCGGGGCUCUCGGGAGGCGGCCGGGGAAAAAGCCCGCGCGGGCUCGGCCCUUCGAGCCCCGGCCGCCAACCGCCCGCAACAAUGCCCGCCGCCGCCGCCGGACGACGGGCGCCGGCUUAAGGCCGGCCCACCGAAAGGACGAGACGCCGCCGCCUCGCCGCCCUCGCACACCAUCGCCUUCGCCCGGGGCCCUCGGGGAGCCGGCAGCCGCCACCGGCUCGGGCUGGACGCUGCUGUCGGGCCCCCGCGGGCCCCCCUCGGCCGUCCCAGUCCCGCACUCCCUCGGCUGCGCUUUCGCGCUCGGCUCUCGUCUUCCUCUCCCGUCAUCGGGCCCGCCCGAGGAAGCCGGUCGAGAGCCCCGCGGCUUUCUCGCGCCGGCCUUCCUGCCGCUCGUGGGGUUGGCCGGCCCGUGGCACGCGCCGAAGGCCGCGCGGCAGCAGACGCGGAAGAAAAGGGGCCCUCGGAACCCGCGCUGCUAGACAACCCCUGCCCACAAUACGGACAGACGCGUCCUGGCGCCGCCGCGCCUCCGAAGCGGCUCGAGGCUCCUCAGCGGGGAGGCGCGCGAGAGCAGGCCGCCUCUCGCCUAGACCUAACCGGAGGCGGCGCCCGACAGCGACCCCUUGGCCGACUUCCGGGGCCGGCCGCGACAACAGGUCUACCCCGAAAAUGCCGACAGGCGCCUAAGUCCCGCCGGAGCCGGGUAGACCUGGUGGCCCUGCGCCGGGACGCCGCCGGGGCGCGGGCCGCCUGCGGCGGCCGCGGCGGCCGCAUCGGCCGGCUCCGGAACCGGGUAGACCUGAUGCUCGCCAGCCCCGGAACCGGGUAG